CUUGUAACUCUUUCUUGUCCAAUGGUCGACUUGGCAGCAUGGAAGCACCUCUCCCACCUCCCUACCCUUCGCAAAUUGGAAAUUGAUCAAGGGUAUAAUGACCAUCCUUCGCUGCCAAAACAAGAUAUCGUGAAUUUAUCAUUCCUUAACAUCACAAGCCUUUCCUUUCAACAGCUCUACGAUGCCGGAGACAUCAUCACAGUCAUGCAACACUGGCAAUUUCCCUCGCUGAAGGAGUUCGAGUUUGAAGCCCAUCAUUUCUCUUCAGAACAGGCCGAGCAACUCUUUCAUGCUCUGUCCCACUGCACAGCGUGUCUGACUCUCGAAGAAAUCUCCAUUUGUUCUUAUGAUGACGGAUUCGUGGGAGACGACGAGUCUUUGACACCAAUUCCGUAUUUCCUUUGCUUCACACAGCUCCAAACCCUGAAGCUCAUGUUUAAUAAUUUCUACAUCUACCUGGACAAUGAUAUGCUCUUGCAAGCUAUGUCUACUUGGCCGCACAUCCGCACUCUGGAAAUUGAUGACUCAGGUGACCGUGUUCCUUCUUCCGAAAUCUCCCUCCGUGGAUUAUUCACAGCGAUCGGUCUAUGUCCACAAUUGCAUACACUACAAGUUCCAAUCAAGAUUGCAACUAUCGACAUCAAUCCUGAUGCCGAGCCAAUACAACAUACCUCCCUACGAUCAUUGGCUUUGGACUUAUCCGAGUUUCUAAUAGAUGCUGAAACUAUCGCUCGCAUCAUUUCCGCCUGGCUCCCUUGUGUCGACCGAGUUCAAAACAUAAAUGGUUUGAGUUGGCUUCAAGUCAACAGGCAUCUUAAAUCUUUGAGAAGGGCUACUGCGCUGCGUGUCGCGGGAGCCUCCUAGAAUAUUUGGGUUUGGAAUACCUUCACGUCCGGGAAUGUUGUUACAUACCUUCGAGUUCUUUCGUUCUUUCGUUAUCGUUGUCGUCGCUGUUUACU